UAUUUACAUCAAUCGCACGUGGCAAGCAAAUCCACUCAAUUCACUACAAUUUACAAAUCCAAUCUUCUUCGACUGAUUGGAGUUUAACUCCAAAAUCAAAACUUCUUUGAGCGUAUUUAUCUAUCUCUCUCAGUUCUCGUCUCCGGUGAAACCAAUGGCCCUCUACCUAUCAAAAUCAGGCAAAUUUUUGCCCCAUUUCAUAACAAAAAUGUCUUCUUUAGGAAUGAUCAACCUCAGCUCAUUGGGUUCUUGUCUCUCCCAAAAUCCUCCACUUUUAACUGAAGAUGGAAGAACCUCAUACGCAGCUCCGGGUAACGACCCGACCCAUUUCGUAUGUCGUCGUUUUGGGUCUGUUAAAGCUGAUAAAUUGGCUUCUAUCAGCACUAAUGCCGAUUCUCAGCUACUGAAUUUCCCUGGAGGAGUAGUUAAGUUCACCCCUGAACUGAAAUUCCUAUCGGAUGCCCCCGAAGAGAGAAUCCAUUGCUACCGAGUCCUUGAUGAGAGCGGACACUUACUAACCAGCGAUUUUGUAGAGAUAGACAAGGACAUUGCUGUGAGGAUGUAUAAAGAGAUGGUUAUGCUUCAAACUGUCGAUACCAUCUUCUACGAAGCCCAAAGACAGGGAAGGAUAUCGUUCUAUGUUACAGCCAUGGGAGAAGAAGCCAUAAACAUUGCAUCCGCAGCUGCACUCAGCAUGGAUGAUUUCGUCUUUCCUCAGUAUAGGGAGGCCGGAGUUUUACUUUGGAGGGGAUUCGGGCUUCAAGACCUUGCGAACCAAUGUUUUGGAAACAUAGGCGACAAUUGUAAAGGGCGGCAGAUGCCGGCACAUUAUGGAUCUAAGAAGCACAAUUAUUUCACAGUGGCUUCAACAGUUGCUACUCAAAUACCCCAUGCCGUUGGUGCUGCUUAUUCUUUAAAGAUGGAAGGCAGAGACGCCUGUACAAUCACUUAUUUCGGUGAUGGAGGCACUAGCACGGGCGAUUUUCACGCUGCAAUGAAUUUUGCUGCUGUCUUGGAGGCGCCUGUUAUUCUUUUCUGCCGAAACAAUGGAUGGGCAAUCAGCACCCCAGUUAGUGAUCAGUUCCGAAGUGAUGGUAUCGUUGUUAGAGGCCAAGCCUAUGGAAUUCGUGGCAUUCGUGUCGAUGGUAAUGAUGCCCUAGCUGUGUUCAGUGCAGUUCAUACGGCCCGCAAAAUGGCAAUUUCUGAAUCUAGACCAGUUCUGAUUGAGGCCCUCACGUACCGAGCAGGACACCACUCUACAUCCGAUGACUCUUCCAAAUAUCGUCCAAUUGAAGAGAUAGAAUGGUGGAGAGCAGCUCAAGAUCCCGUGGGUAGAUUUAGGAAAUGGCUCGAGAUGCAAGGUUGGUGGAGCUGUGAGUCGGACACAGAGCUCCGGGGCUGGGCUCGUCAGGAGGUGCUGAAUGCAAUUCAAGUUGCGGAGAAGGCGGAGAAGCCGGGUCUACGAGAAAUUUUCACGGACGUAUACGACGUUCCGCCUUCCAACCUCCGCGAUCAAGAGAAGUCGCUUCGACAGACAGUUCAAAGGCAUCAGCGGGACUAUCCUCACUUUCAGUUUUAGUGCUCGUUUGGUUUGAUAAUCCCCCUAGAAAAAGAUGGUUUAAUAAUUCAUAUAUAUAAGGUUGUGUAUAUUUAUUUAUUUUGACAUAAGAUAAAAAUCAUAUUCUAUCUUAUUCUUUCUUUCAAAA